AAGAUGGGUAUAAAAAUGUCGGCAGGAAAGAUUUUAGAACAUUGUCUAACAACGAUUCACAAAAUGAAAUACUUCGCAAUCUUCGCCUUGGUGGUGUGCGCCUUCCUGGCUGUAGUCGGUGCCGAAGAGUUCCGGCCACAUGACUCCGUCGUGAGGUUAGUCCGCAGCCCCGUCGCCGGCUACGGCCACGGUUACGGCCACGGCUACGGCCACGGCUACGGUCACGGAUACGGCCACGGAUAUGGACAUCACGGCUACGGGCAUGGUUACGGACACGGCUACGGACACGGAUACUAUGGUUAAGUCUGAAGUUAUGACACUUGGAAUUGUAUCGCGUUUACGACUUGCUGUGUGAUUGAUUAAUGUAUAAGAACUGUAAAUAAAAGAUUUAAAUUUUA